GUCAAUUUGACAAGCUCAUCAAGACUUAACCUUGCUUGUCAUUCUUGAUACUCUGUGCCUUUAGAUAUUCGUUUGGUUUCCCGAUUGAGGAAAGCAAGACAUCCCGUGACGGCAACACGUGCGGGCAUCACCAUCUCCCAUUCCGGCCAGAUGAGCGGAUUGACGAAAGUCUCACAGUCUCGCCCAGUCUCACCCAGUCUUUAGUGUCGGAGUAAAGCCGUCCAGCCUGGGGAUCAAUUGUCUGCCAACACUAUUCUUACUAUGGUGGUACAAGCCCCAGGAUUACCUUUACGAUGGUUCCGCAUCCGCAUGGCUACAGGCCCGCUAUUAAACGCAUGGUCGAAUAAGCUGGACGCAUGAGAUUCCCCCAAUAUAUGCUUGAUAAGACACCCCAUGUCCUCGUCAUCGUACAUUCAGCAGCCGUGGAUCAUAGAAUGGCAUCUUCAUGGAUGAUGCCUCUUCAGUCCGCCAAUCACAAGGUUUUCUGGGAUGUCCGAAAGCGGGUGCAGGAGGUGCCGCAGAAGCUACAUCAUCUUAAACGGCGGAUGCGGCAAUCGAAGCGGAAGCCAUCAGGUCGAAAGCCGAUCGGCGGUAUUUGAUAUUAGAUGGGCCAAACCAAGGGAAGCAAGCCUAUGCAGCCGUGUAGUUUACCGGAAGAAGAUACUCCCAGUAAUAGCUUGACUUGACUUUGAGACAUUCGAGCCCAAAACCCAAAAUGCGCGCUACCUGAGUUAGGAG